CAUUAGUAAUUUAUUAGUAGUAUAACACAGUGACAUAUAUUUUUUCAAAAAAAAAUCAAAAAUGUCUCUAAAAUUCAACUUAUUUGUAAUAAUUGCUAUUACAUUGUUUGUAAUACUGAUAACUAUCGAUGAGAUAGAUAUGAAAAAUAAUGGCAAAAAUGGUGGCAAUGGUGGCAAAGCAGGUAAAAAAGGAGGCGCUGGUGGCAAAAAAGGAGGUGGAAAGGGAUCUAAAGCUACUAAAGCACCGGCUGGUGGUGCUGAAGGUGGCGAAGCUGAUGGUGGCGAUGCUAGUAGUGGUGGAGGUGGUGGUGAUGGUGGUGGAGAUGCCUAAAAAAAUAUAGUAAAAUUAACAAAAAUUUCAAUUAAUAUAAAUAUAUAAAUUAAUAAUA